AGGAGUAGGUAACGCAAAUAUCAUUGGCGGGGUUUAUUGGCAGGGAUUCGCCUUCUGUAGCAAUGUAGUACCUUCUACGAAGUACAUGAUCCCGGUCGGCCUCAUCUAGGUACCUUAGGAUGAGCCGAGGUUAAUCCGAUAGAAGCCGCGCUUUUUGGAGCUCAGUGAGAAGCUUCUCUAAGGUUCAAACCUGAGCUCAAUUUGAAAAAAGUUCCAUAACUUUGCGGCCAAUUUUAAGGAUUCGGGGCAGUAUGCCUCCUCGAUUUGGUCUUCGACCCAUUGGGCGUAAGAGUUCCCUCUAUUUAAAGACGCAAAGUGCCGAGAGGAAUUCUGUAUGCUUCUUUUGCUCAUUAUCGAGUCAACCAAGCGCAGAUUCUAGUCGUCGUCGUCCUUACAGACGAAAGUCUUUGAAUCCUCGCCGUUUUGCUUCAACGGCUUCCUCUGGUUCCGGACGUGUGGUGGAUAACCCCCGCAAGGAAUUAGAGGAAAUUCUUGUCGAGCUCGAAAAGCACGCUGCUAACUAUGUCAAUCUUCCCCGCCUGCAGCUGGCCAUCAAUGGUUUGCGGCAACAUCCGGGUGAUGAAUCGAUAAGAGUUGCCAUACUGGGUCUCACAUAUGGAACCGAAUCCAGUCAGAUUGCGAAGCAAGUGCUGAAACUCUUACUUGCUGACCCCUUGAAGCCCGAGGAAGAAUGGGAGAGGGAAGUCGAUAAACAUGAUUUAACACAGCCUAUGAUCAUCCGAGUUGGGGAAGACGCACCCCAACAGUUCGGGACCAUUUCAGUUUCUACGAGGGGUAGUUUACUGCAUGAGAUUCAUGUCUCGUCUGCCACGUUCAAUGGUCACAAUCUAGAGUUAUUACUCAUGGAGGCAAAUCCGACCAUAUCCGCGCAAGAAAUAGGAGCUCUUGGAGGAUUGGAAGAUUCGGCGCUUGUUCCUUCGGUCGAGAUUCCCACUUCUAGUACGGGGAAGCAUACCCCUUUUGCAACACCAGUACACAAAGCCCUAGUCGUGGCCGACGGUAUUCAAGGUCUCGCAUCGAUAGUGUCGAUGCCUAGGCGAGAAAGUAACCGUGUGGUCGCCACUGCGGUGAAUUUGCCUGAAUAUAAACCAACCGAUAAUUCUCUUUUACCCUUUACUGUUAUCGAUGCUGGAACGGCAAGCAUUGGGUUAAGUCUAGUUCGCAAGAAUCUCAGUCAUGCCAUUGAGUAUGAACAUCUUUGGUUCCAAAGCAACGUUCCGAAAUUAGUCGAAUGGUUAAAGGCAGACAUCAUGUCUUCUUCUGACGGCACGACUAAACCACCCGUUAAGGAGCUCAUUAGCUCACUGCUCAGAAAUACGUCUGCAAGUAUAGAACACGAGCAAGCUCGUCAGAUCGGCUCUUCACUGUCUUCAACUCUCUCACCCACUCCCCCAUCAGUUUUACAAACUAGUCUCGAUGAUUGGGCAGAAAGCGCACACACGGAAUUACAGGAACAACUUGAUUUAGCGUUCUCCAGUAAGCGAUGGCGCAAGUUGGGAUGGUGGAAAUUAUUCUGGCGUGUGGAUGACGUGGGGAUGCUCACAAACGAUAUCCUUAGUCAAAGGUUCUUAAUAAAUUCAGAGAGAAGUGCUAUCUUUCUUGCUGGGAGAAUGAAAGAAGCGGGUAUCACUUUGGGACCUUUCCCGGAUCCAUCAUCUACUACCGACGAAAAUGGCCCUGAGCCUGAGCCACUGGACGCCGAGACUGGCAAACUAGCAACGGCCCAUUGGCCAGUAAAUAUCCCCGCUACGCGUCGUUACCUUCAAACUGAAACUAUUCCCGCUUUACAAGCCCUUGCGCAACAACUCACGUUGCAAACUCUCAGCACGUCGGGGCUCACAACCGCGCUUGGUGGACUUAUUUAUUUGAGUACUUUGACAACAACACUGUAUGAAGCUGGUGCGGUCGCCGCAUUAGGCAUCGCAUGGAGUUUAAAGCGCAUGCAAAAGAAAUGGGAAGCAGCACGAGGGUUCUGGGAAGGCGAAGUCAGGGAAGGAGGCCGCAAAGCGGUCCGAGGCGUUGAAGGUGUGAUAGGCGACGCUUUGAAGCCAAGACCAACUCCCAAAGAUAAGGUAGAUGGGCAAGAAGAAUUGGCCAAAGCUAAGGGGCUAGUAGAACGGGCUCAGGAGUUGUUGAGCAAUCUCAAAUGAGAUAUACGUCUGCUGUAAAAUAAUGUACAUUGAUCAUGAUACCAAUAGACACGACCCGACACACCUUCGACUACCCACCUGAUCUACCUAGUAUCUGUGCCUAAUAGCAAAAUGUGCCGUCUGCUUGUUCUCUG